AAUCUUGUAAACAUGACUCUUGUUGGAAAGCUUGAGAGUGAAGUAGAACUAAACACACCUUCCCACAGAUUUUACAAACUCUUCAAAGAGCAAAUUUCUCACAUUCCAGAUAUUUCUCCAAAGUUAAUCCAAAAAGUUAAAGUUCAUGAUGGCGAUUGGAGCAAACAUGGUCAUGGUUCCAUCAAGAUUUGGAAUUACAAUAUCGAUGGUAGAGAUGAAGUUUUCAAAGAACGAGUGGAAUUCGAUGACAAAAAGCUUGUGGUAAAAAUAAUUGGAUUGGAAGGAGACGUGUUUAAGCAUUACAAAUCCUUCGUUGGAACAUAUCAAGUUGUGCCAAAAGGACCCGGACGUAGCGCGAUAAUUUUUACAUUGGAAUAUGAGAAACUUCAUGAUGGUCCUCCAUACCCUAACAAGUAUCACGAGGCUAUGAAUAACCUCGCUAAGGACAUUGAAUCUCACCUUAAAAACAAAUAA